AUGAGCGACAUCACUCACCCCACUAUCAAGGAUGGCUGGUUCUCCGAGCAGUCCAACAUGUGGCCUGGUCAGGCCAUGAACCUCAAGGUUAACCAGAUCCUCCACCACGAGAAGUCCAAGUACCAGGACGUUCUCGUCUUCGAGAGCAGCGACUACGGCACUGUUCUUGUUCUUGACAACGUUAUCCAGUGCACCGAGCGCGAUGAGUUCUCCUACCAGGAGAUGAUCACCCACCUGGCCAUGAACGCUCACCCCAACCCCAAGAAGGUCCUCGUCAUUGGCGGUGGUGACGGCGGUGUCCUCCGUGAGGUCGUCAAGCACGAGACCGUUGAGGAGGCCAUUCUGUGCGACAUCGAUGAGGCCGUCAUCCGUGUCUCCAAGAAGUACCUGCCCGGCAUGAGCAUCGGCUUCCAGCACCCCAACGUCAAGGUCCACGUUGGCGAUGGCUUCGAGUUCCUCAAGCAGCGCCAGAACGAGUUCGACGUCAUCAUCACCGACAGCUCCGAUCCCGAGGGUCCCGCCGAGAGCCUCUUCCAGAAGCCUUACUUCGAGCUCCUCCGCGAUGCGCUGCGCGAGGGCGGUGUCAUCACCACACAAGGUUCCGAGAACCAGUGGCUCCACCUGUCCCUGAUCACCGACCUCAAGAAGGCCUGCAAGGAGGUCUUCCCCGUCGCUGAGUACGCUUACACCACCAUCCCCACCUACCCCUCCGGCCAGAUCGGCUUCAUGGUCUGCUGCAAGGACGCCACCCGCAACGUCAAGGAGCCCGUCCGCUCCUGGACCCGCGAGGAGGAGGAGCGCCUCUGCCGCUACUACAACCAGGACAUCCACCGCGCCAGCUUCGUCCUGCCCAACUUCGCCCGCAAGGCUCUUAACUAG